GUCUGGCAGUGUGGAGGAAGCACGGAGGUCUUACCCUGUUCUCGCGUGGCACAUAUUGAACGCACAAAGAAACCCUACAACAACGACAUCGAUUACUAUGCAAAGCGCAACGCCCUGCGGGCCGCUGAGGUCUGGAUGGAUGACUUCAAGUCGCAUGUUUACAUGGCGUGGAACAUCCCCAUGGCAAACCCUGGAGUUGACUUUGGAGACGUUUCCGAAAGAAUAGCUCUACGACAGCGACUGCAGUGCCGGAGUUUCAAGUGGUACUUGGAGAACGUCUAUCCUGAAAUGAGGGUUUAUAAUAAUACAGUCACUUAUGGAGAGGUGCGUAACAGCAAAGCUAGUGGCUACUGCUUAGAUCAGGGAGCUGAAGAGGAUGACAAAGCAAUCCUUUAUCCAUGCCAUGGAAUGUCCUCUCAGCUUGUCCGCUACAGCUCUGAAGGCGUCCUUCAGCUGGGGCCGCUGGGCUCCACCGCCUUUCUGCCCGACUCCAAAUGCCUGGUCGAUGACGGGAAGGGCAGGACGCCGACUCUGAAGAAGUGCGAAGAUGUCCUGAGGCCAGCACAGAGGUUCUGGGAUUUCACACAGAAUGGUCCAAUCAUCAGCAGAGACACUGGCCGUUGUUUAGAAGUGGAAAUGUCAAAGGAUGCAAAUUUUGGGCUCAGAUUAGUUGUUCAAAGGUGCUCGGGGCAGAAAUGGAUGAUUAGAAACUGGAUAAAACAUGGUCGACAUUGACUGCUGGGGCUGAGAAGCUUCCUCUCCUGCCGUUGUCCAUUGCUCGGCGUGCCAUAUCUUGCAAGGCAUUUGUCUUAAAGCAAAUUAGUUUCAACAGGACUUGGCUCUCAAGUCCUCCACAGUUGGGCA